CCAUCGUUCUCAUCCGGUGUCUGGAGGAUUCCAUCAGGUUUCUUCCUCUCUUUUCUCCCCCCUUUUUUCUUCUUCUUAUAGAUACUAUCGCUAUGUCGUCCGUAUCCUCUGCACCAUCCGCUCCGGUGGUGAGGUCUGUCCGGAAAAAUGGGAAAAACUGGCAUGAUACCAAGAAGCCGUUCCGCCCUACUGCAGGCUUGACCUCCUACACGAAGAGACUAGAAACGCGUAAGCACCAGGAAGCUGUUAAGGAACAUGAAAAGGAAUUGAAGGAAGAAAAGGAGGCGGAGAGACAGGCCCGAAUCCAGAAGAUCAAAGAGCGCAGAGCAGCGAAAGAGGAGAAGGAGCGAUACGAGAAGCUGGCAGAGAAGAUGCAUCACAAACGCGUUGAACGACUCAAGCGGAGGGAGAAGCGGAACAAGCUGCUCAACUCUUAAGUUUGAAUUUCCUGUCCUGGAUAUCUCGUGGUCGCUUUUACUGCGUCUUGCGUUUGCACCAUGCUAUUCUGUACAACCAUAGCAACGGCAAUAUGGCUUGGAAGUUAACGGCGUUUCAGGAGCUGGACUCUGUUUUGGAUUACUGAAUUCAUCUUUCGACAAAUUUCAAUUUCAUGUCUUUGAGGGUGUAAAUCCCCUCCAUAUUACUAGAAUUAUUUUUUGUCUUUAAAAAAAAGGGAUGAUAUUGAUGAUGAAGAUGUGUGUGUGUACACGGUACCUACCUGGUAAUGAGGGUAGCUGCCUGCUUGGGGAGAAAUCCCGACUAAGGGACACUUGCACACAUAUACUUUAGAUAGAGAUUAGAAU